UCGCAAACAUCGGUGAAAGUGCAUGGUACGCGCUUCUCGUCCGCGUAAUACUGCAAAACGAAUCCUCGUAUCCUUCGUGAUCGAUAAGUAUCAAAGUGUUUUCUUUUGUGUCAUUCAGAUUUAUCAAGUGGAGAAAAAGAGAGAUAAAAAUUACAGAAGAAAUGCAGCUAAGAGCUUUCUUGAUUGUGCUACUGUUACGCGCUUCGGUUGCUGCCAAUUUCGAGGAUAAUUUUAAAAAUUGUUAUCCCAACAUGUCGGGUUUCGACGUCUGCGUACGAGAAGGAUUGAAUGCGAUUCGAGGUUAUUUUAAAUCCGGCCUACCACAAUACAAUGUACUUCCAUUUGAUCCCUUUUUUGUAAAAGAGAUAACGGCCUCAAGAGGCGUACCAAACUUUGGUUUUACUUUAAUUCUUCGAAAUGUCACCGAGACCGGAUGGUUUACCAGUAAAGUGACAAAAUUCGUUUCUGAUUUAAAAAAUUACAAGGUUGUGUACACGCAAAGUUUCCCGGCGAAGAUGCUAACGGGUAAUUAUGAAUUUAAAGGUGCAUUCUUUAGCUCCACUAUAACCAACAGAGGAAAAUUCACCCUCGAUUUGUAUGAUUUGAUACAAAUGACAACUGUGACCAAGUUGCCAGGACAAAAAGUGCGGACUCAAAUGGAUGUCCAAAGCAUCAGAGAUUUAAAGCUUCAUAUUACAAAUCUUUUAUUUGGCAAGAAAUUCUUGGAGAAUAUUCUCGAUAAAAUAAUUAAUAAUACAUGGCAGCCGAGUUUUGUAAUAACGAGAGGUUUGAUUAAUGAAUUAGUUUCGACUGGCUUUACAGAAAUUUUCGAUAACGCUUUCCGUAAUUUUCCUUUUGAACAAAUUUUUAAAUCUAAAUCUUCUAUAAGUUAGAUUGAUUAUAAAUUAAAAUAGAUUAC